UAUAAACACAAAGGCUAAAGCACAUAGAACCAUCUCAAACAUUCCUUUCUCUCAAAAGCUACUAAUUUUUUUAAAUUAUUUUUCACAAAAAAAUAAUAAUCCUCCUUCUUCUUCUUCUUUUUCAUGAAUGGACACUUCUCAAUGGCCACAGGGUAUUGUGGUGAAAACCAUGGAAGAGAUGAAAAUACCAAAGAAUACAAAUACAAGGAAAAUUAGGGCUCAACAACAACAAAAUGAUGAAGCUUUGAAGAAUUGUCCAAGGUGCAAUUCAACAAACACAAAGUUUUGUUAUUACAAUAACUAUAGUCUUUCUCAACCAAGAUUUUUUUGUAAGAAUUGUAGAAGAUAUUGGACUGAUGGUGGAUCUCUUAGGAACAUUCCUAUUGGUGGAGUUUCAAGAAAAUCCAAGAAAUCAUCAUCAAUUAAUACUAUGAAAAAUAAUAUUAUUUCUCCUAAAGUACAAGAUAUUAAUAAUAAUAAUAAUAAUAACAAUCCUAAUAAUAAAGGGGUUGAUCAAGAUCUCAACUUGGAUUUUUCAUCUGAUUUCAAGAUUAUCUCUGAGUUGAUACAAGUACCAAAUAAUAAUUCAUUUAUGCCAAUCAUGCCUAAUAUUUCUAAUCCAAAUUCAAUUUAUUUAUUCUCUAGUAAUUUGGAUCAUGGUUUAAUUGGAAGUAGUAGUAUUAGUGAUGGUGGCUAUGAAUGUCAUAACAUUAUUCAAGAUUUGCAAGUGUGUACAAGUACAACAACAAGUGGAGGGAUUUUGUUUCCUUUUGAAGAUCUAAAGCAAGUUUCAAACACAAGUGAGCAAAGUAGAGAUGGAGAAUCAUCAUCAAAUGGAUAUUGGGAUGUAAUUUUAGGAGGAAAUUGAGAUAUUGGUACAACAACAUAUCCAGUUCUGAAGGUCUGGAGAAGGUAGAGUCUAUGCAGAUCUUAUCGAUCACUGUAUAAAAAAUAGAGAGACUACUUUCAAUAGACUCUCGACUUAAGAAAAAACAGUUCAAAGCAGUCCAAAACAUGGCGACCUUUGGUAAUUAAAGAAAAUAAUACUCUCUGCUCUAUCUAAUUUAUGUGA